AUGCGCAGGCGUGGAGGUGGAGGAGGCGCCAUGGUCACGAACGAGCAGGAAGGAGCGUUCGGCGGGGAGUGGGUGGGAAGGACCCAGGUUGAGGUGAUGGGAGAGGCGCGCGCGGCCGCCGAUAAGCAGAGAUCACCGGUGAGCCAGGGUUUUGGCGGGCGGCUUCAGAGCACCAAAACUAGUGAAUGGUUGGAAAGGGCGGCAGGCGGCGGGCGGCAGGCGACAAGCGAUGGUGGUGUGACCGUGGGAGGGGGUUGGCGGAGGGGAGGAAAGAAGGGGAAAAAAAUUGGAGCAGGGAAGGAAGAAUUGAAGGAUGAGGAGGAAGGGGAGGAGAGAGAAAGAGAUAGCGUACGAGAGAGAGAGGGGGGAGAGGAACAGGGAGCGAUGCUAUGCGCCGAUGAAAAGUGA